AUGAACUCUAAUAAAGCAUUUUCCGAUUCAAUUAGCAAUUGUCAGAGUUUAAGAUUGAAUACAUCUAUUUCAAAACAUGACUCAAAUUGGUAUGUUUAUAAAAUAAGGUUAGCACUAAUUUACCUGGAUCAAGUAGCAAAGCAUCUUCAAGUAAGAUUAAAAAGAAAACAAUUAGGUAUUUAAUCAAUGAUAAAUUAGUGAUUUUUAGUCAAUGUAAUAAACAUUAGGAUAAGGCUCUUUUGGUUGGGUGACUUUAGUGAAGGAAAUUUAGAGUGGAAAAUUAUUUGCUAUGAAAGCAGUAUGUUUGAAUAAUAAAUGAAUAGAUGAAGAAGGCAGAACUAUUUAAGUAUUGUACAAUUGAUAAUUUGAAAAGGGAAAUAAAAAUUUAACGUAAAUUGAAUCAUCCUAAUAUUAUUAAAUUGGAUAGUUAUUUUGAAGACAAAGUAUGAUGAAUAAAUAAAUAAAGAUUAAUGUUUAUCUAAUUCUUGAAUAUGCAGAAGGAGGAUCUCUAUUUAAAAAGAUAAAAAAGCAACGUCGUCUAUCUGAAGAGGAAGCUUUUCAUUAUCUUUAUUAAACAUGUCUUGGGAUAGAGUAUUUGCAUAAGAUGAAGAUAAUCCAUAGAGAUAUCAAGGUUUAAUUAUGUUUCUAUAAGUAGCCUGAGAAUUUGUUAUUGGAUACAAGGGGAAAUAUAAAGAUAUGUGAUUUUGGUUGGUCCACUGAAAUGGAUAAUCUGAAAAAGGCUUUCUGUGGAACUGUAGAAUAUAUGGCACCAGAGAUGAUUAAGUCAUAAAGUACGAAUUACAAAUUAGAUAUCUGGUGUUUGGGGGUUCUUCUUUAUGAAAUGGUUUAAGGUAAACCUCCUUUUACAGGAAAAAAUGAUUAGGAAAAAUGUUUAGCAAUUCUUUCAGGAUAAUAGUUAAAAUAUGAAGAUUUUGUGACUGAAGACUGCAAAUCUUUGAUUAACAUGAUUCUUCAACCUAAUCCAUUUAAUAGACCUUCUAUCUAGGGUAUUCUCAAUCAUAAAUGGAUGCUAUCUAAAUUAAAAUAAUAAUCUAACUAUGAUCUAUUGAAUUCCAGAAAAAUCUCAAUUAUCAUGGAUGAAUUAAACCAUUCUCCUAUGAAAUCUUGUUAAACUGUUGUUUCCGAAAGGAAAACCAACAAUAAGGAAUAUGAAGACAUCAAAAAAAGAUCUCAUAAUUUUGUGUUCCAUUAACCUUAACCAUUAAACGAACAACCUUAAUAAACUUUCUUUAGAAGAGUCUUGAUUUCUCUUGGUUGUAUUAAUCGUUGA